AAAAAAAACCAUAAAUAGAAAAACAAAUCAAAUUUCAACUCUUCAAUUUCCUUGUAGAAAUCAAUUUUAUUUUGCCCUCUGGCCUUUUCUCCAUUUCCAGUAAUGGCGUCCGUCCAAUAACCCUAGUGUUCCGCAGCCGCCAUGGAAGAGGAUUUUUUACUAGCAUGAAAACGCUUUAAUUUUCUCUCUACUUCUGUUUCUGGAUUGAAAUUCACUGAUUCAACACCUGUUUAGGAAGGACGACGGUUAUUGCGGUUUUAAGUUUACUGGAAAGUCUCUGUGGUGUAUUGUAUUAUAGAAGUGGGAAAUUGGGCUUGAAUUGAGAUUGUAUAUAGCCUGCUGUAGUUGGCAAUGGCCGAUGAUGGCCUACGGCUUGGUGGGCUUUCUUCUGGAUUGGCUGUUGUACUAAAUGGGGAUAACAAGAGAGAGGGUUCUGGAAAAUCUCGUCUAGUUUCGUAUUGUGAAGGUUUUGGUGACCAGUCUGUGGAGCGGACCCUUGAACAUAUUUUUAAUCUCCCUUACAAAACGGUCAAGCAGUUGACUCGCCCUGUUGAUAUUAGUACUGUUCGUUCGAUAAUCAAGAAUGAAUUCUUUAAGCAUCACCCAGAACUAAAAACUGUUGCAACUAAAAUUAGAGACGGGGUUGUGGGGCUUGAAGAAUCUAGCAUUUCUGGCGACAUUCGGAUUGUGAAACAGCCUUUGCUUGUGGAGAGUCAUGCUUUGUUCAGUAGUGCGAGGGCUAAUUCGUGUGUGUGGAAAGGGAAAUGGAUGUACGAAGUUACGCUCGAAACUUGUGGUAUACAGCAGCUUGGUUGGGCUACUGUUUUUUGUCCAUUCACCGAUCAUAAGGGCGUUGGAGAUGCAGAUGAUUCUUAUGCAUAUGAUGGUAAAAGGGUUAGUAAAUGGAAUAAGGAACCCGAGCCUUAUGGCCAGUCAUGGGUUGUGGGCGAUGUGAUUGGAUGUUGCAUUGAUCUUGAUUAUGAUGAGAUACUGUUUUACCGGAAUGGCGUCUCACUUGGGGUAGCAUUUGGUGGGAUUCGAAAGAUGGUGCCUGGAUUGGGGUACUAUCCUGCAAUUUCUCUUUCUCAAGGUGAACGAUGUGAGUUAAAUUUUGGAGGGCUUCCAUUUAAAUAUCCAAUCAAAGGCUUUCUUCCCAUUCAAGCUUCUCCAUCUUCAAAGCCUAUUGCAACUAGUCUUUUUGAUUGCUUUUUGAGGCUCUUGCAAAUGCAGCGUUUGGAGAGGGCAGAAACCGACACCGUUGAGAAGCUCAGUAGACUGAAACGAUUUGCGUCGUUCGAAGAACUGUCACAACCUGUCCCUCAGGGUAUUUGUGAAGAGCUAUUCUCUGCUCUAAAUGCUGAAAUUGGGAGUGCAGAGUAUAUAGCACAUGGUCCUUUUUUGUCGUUCAUGAUGGAAGUUUUCAGAAUACACCCACCGCAUGACUAUUUAAACUUGGAUAGGGUACUUGAUUCCCUUCUCCAAUUUGAGGAGUCGAAACUAUUGUUGAAGCACGUAUUUGAGGCGCUGUCAUCAGGAUGUAAAACAGGACUAUUGGUUCUUACAGACUGUCCUUAUUCGGGGUCGUACAGUCAUCUUGCUUUGGCUUGCCAUAUUUUAAGACGAGAAGAAUUGAUGACCCUUUGGUGGAAGUCUUCGGAUUUUGAAUUCUUGUUUGAGGGGUUGCUUUCAAGGAAAAGCCAAAACAAACAGGAUCUCCAAUGUCUGAUUCCUUCUGUCUGGUGGCCUGGCUCAUGUGAGGACAUUUCUAACGAGAAUAGCAUGGUGAUGACUACUACAGCUUUAUCUGAAGCAGUAAAUAAGAUAGAAGAGAAGCAGAGGGAUCUCUGUCGCUUAGUUAUGCAAUUCAUACCACCUGUAGAACCCCCACAGUUGCCUGGCUCAGUUUUUAGGACAUUUUUACAGAACACAUUACUGAAGAACAGGGGUGCAGACCGUAAUAUGCCACCACCUGGAGUUUCAAACAAUUCAGUCCUUGUGUCAUUGUUUACCGUUAUUCUCCAUUUUCUGUCCGAAGGUUUUGCUGCAGGUGACAUAUAUGGCUGGAUUAAAGGCUCUGGUACUGAUUCUGGUGCUCAUGUGGGCUUCCUUCACAGAGGUGGUCAGCAAAGUUUUCCAGCUGGUCUUUUUCUGAAGAACGAUCCUCAUCGAAUUGAUAUAUCAAGACUUGGAGGAUCUUAUAGUCAUUUAUCAAAAUUCAAUCCUAUAAUAAACUGUGAAAAGGAAGAAGAGAUUAUUCGGUGGGAAGAAGGUUGCAUGGAUGAUGAAGAAUCAAGAGUGACCCAUUUUAGUCGGAUGAAACCGUGUUGCUGCUCUAGUUACGAUGCUGAUCUAUCGAGCAGUUCGAAAUAUCCCGUGAGACGUUUGGGGAAAGGUUCUCAUGGAAGUUGUAGCUCUAUCUCGGAUAGGUCUUCUCAUGUUACAGCGGAGUGUAGUACGGGCAAUUUAAAUGAUGAGAUAGCUGAUAAGCCCAGCACUAGUGACCACUCUGAUUCGGAGUUUGCGUUUCGACCCAGGCAGCAUUUCAGGAUAUUGCAGAGGGAGAAUACAUUGUCGUCAGCUACAUUGAAUGAGGAGGAGCUUUUAGAUGCUAUGCUUUUGCUGUAUCAUUUGGGUCUUGCGCCAAACUUUAAGCAGGCAUCAUCUUUUAUGUCUCGUCAAUCGCAAUCUAUCUCAUUCUUGGAAGAGACGGACAGACAAUUCAGAGAGAGUAUUUAUGGGGACCAAGUGAAGCGCUUGAAGGAAGCUCGCAGUGUUUAUAGGGAAGAAGCUAUGGAUUGUGUCAGACAUACUGCCUGGUAUCGUCUUUCUCUUUUCUCUCGUUGGAAGCAGAGGGGGAUUUAUGCAGCUUGCAUGUGGAUUGUGCAAUUGCUCCUAGUUCUUAGCAAAGAGGAGUCAAUCUUUAGUUACAUUCCUGAAUAUUAUCUAGAAACUGUGGUCGAUUGUUUUCAUGUUUUGCGUAAGAGCGAUCCCCCAUUUGUCCCUGCCACAAAGUUCAUCAAGGAAGGACUUACAUCUUUCGUUACUUUUGUGGUUACACACUUCAACGAUCCAAGAAUAUCUAGUGCUGAGCUAAGGGAUCUUCUUCUCCAAUCUAUAUCCGUUUUAGUACAAGACAAGGAAUUUUUGUCUGCUUUUGAAUGCAACGAAGCAGCAAAACAAAAGAUGCCACGCGCUUUAUUGUCUACAUUUGAUAAUAGAUCCUGGAUUCCCGUUACCAAUAUACUUCUUCGAUUAUGCAAAGGUUCUGGUUUCGGCUUUUCAAGGCGUGGAGAGUCAUCUUCCUCAUCUGUACUAUUUCAGAAACUGCUGAGGGAUGACGAAUUAUUCUCAGCUUUCCUCAAUCGCUUAUUCAAUACUCUAAGUUGGGCCAUGACUGAAUUUUCCGUUUCUAUUCGCGAAAUGCAAGAAACUUACAAGCCGAUGGACUUCCAGCAAAGGAAAUGCAAUGUAAUAUUCGACCUCUCUUGCAACCUUGCAAGGGUAUUGGAAUUUUGUACACGGGAGAUACCUCGAGCUUUUGUAUCGGGAAUGGAUACAAAUUUACGAAGGCUGGCUGAAUUGAUUGUCUUCAUAUUGACCCACUUAAUUAGUUCAAUCGAUCCAGAACUUUUAGACCUAUCUCUUAGAAGACCAGGUCAGUCAACUGAAAAGGUCAACAGCGGUAUGCUUUUAGCACCACUCGCUGGCAUCAUUAUGAAUUUGUUGGAUGGUAGUAGAGAGACAGUCGAAGGGGAUAAUCAUAAUGAUAUUGUUGCAAUCUUUGCUAGCAUGGAUUGCGCCGACACAAUUCUCUUCGGGUUUCAAUAUCUCCUCGAGUACAAUUGGGUGGGCUCCACAAAAGGGGACGAUUAUUUUAUCGAUCAAUUGACGAAGCUAGAGAAAUUCUCGAGCCUCUUGAUUCAUCAAACGGAGCUGCAUGCGAUUGAGAAGAGGAUGCGAGGGGUAGAAUCGGAAAGCGAAGAUGGUGUGUGCUGCAUAUGCUAUGCUAAUAGAGUGGACGCUCGUUUUACACCCUGUUCGCAUGUUUCAUGCUAUAGUUGCAUAUCGAGGCAUCUUCUUAACUGCCAAAGAUGCUUCUUUUGCAACACGACGGUUGUCGAAGUUGUUAGGGAAGAUGCCAAAGAUGCUUCUUUUGCUAAGUGAGAAAUCUUCUUCUUUUUGGUUUAUUUAGAGUUAGAUUAGAAGUUGAAAUUCUGGGAAUAUACAUCAAAGAGUAAACUAAAUGGAAGAAGGGAGAAGCAGCAGGUUGUUGUUUAGGGCUCUUAUUUGAUAGGUGGUGCAAUAUGGUAUGUAAUUUAUGCUAAUAUAUAUAUAUAUAUAUAUAUAUAUAUAUGGUUGUGUGUAAAUGUGAAAUAAAGUUAUGAAGAUCCUUUGGGGUUGUGAGAAUUUUGUAGCCAAAGUUGGAGAGGGCAUUGUUUUGUACAUUUGUAUAUGGAAUAAUGGGAAGGCAAAUAUUUUCAAGUCUCUCUUACGUCGAUUUAACAUAUCGGUUGGAGAUAUAUUAUACUACGUAAUAUCUUUUUUCGUAAUUAA